UGCCAGCACCAACUCUGACAGUUGAUACCACUAAAAUAUCGCCAUUCAAUUCAUUUCAUUUCAUUCCAUCAAGAAGAAAAUUGUGCAUACACUAAAAGAACGUAUUCGACGUAGUCGUAUUUGCCUUCUGUAUUCGAGUAAAUAGCAGACAAUAGCUGACGAUUGAAGAGAAUCCAGAUUUUUAGAACACACCACACUUUCAUUUCGUUUAAAGAAUGGAUCGUGCUGUCGACGAUGUCGUGCCAUCAAUUUCAAUUGUAGAAAAUACAGCUACAACUGAUAUUGUCAAGGACCUGAAGCCAUUAUCACCUCUAAAAUCAAACAACACAAAACAGUUAGUACAGUUAGUACAUCAAAAGGAACCAACAUCGUCGAAUUCAUCACAAUCUUCGCCUAUUGUCGUAAAAACAACAAUUGAUCCAAAUGUUUGGGUUAUGGCACCAGAAUUUGUACCUAGACAAUAUCAAACACAUAAUGACGAUCAUGAUGACGACGAUGUUCAAGUAACAAUAAACCAAUCGUUAAUAAAAUCGUAUGCACAAGUUGUCGGUUGCAGCAAUUUGGGUAUAAUAAAAACAGCUGACAGUGAUGUUGCUGCUUCGUCGGUGAUGAGCACAUUAUGUCCGUAUUUAAAACCAGGUGAAUCAAAGUGCCGUUACGGAGAUCGAUGUGACUAUGAACAUGGUGAUUUAUGUGAUUUAUGUGGAUGCUAUUGCUUGGAUCCGACAGACAAACAACAGCGUAAAAAGCACCGUACAGAAUGUAUUCAACAACACGAAAACGAUAUGGAACUGGCAUUUGCAGUGGCACGAUCGCGCGAUAAAUCUUGUGGUAUAUGUUUCGAGGUGAUUAUGGAAAAGGCGCGCGAACAACGGUUCGGCAUUUUGCCCAAUUGCAAUCACAUUUUCUGCUUGGAAUGCAUUCGAAAGUGGCGCCAGGAAAAACAAUUUGAAACGAAAAUAAUUCGAGCCUGUCCAGAAUGUCGCACAACUUCCGAUUUUGUGUGCCCCAGUGCGUAUUGGGUGGAUACAAAAGACGAUAAGGAUAAACUGCUGUCGGACUACAAAAAAGCGUUGGAAGCGAAACAAUGCAAAUAUUUCAAACAGGGCGAUGGAACGUGUCCGUUUGGUAAUAAAUGUUUUUAUAAGCACGCAUUGAAAGACGGCAAACGGGUCGAUGUUGGUCUGCCGCCACCAAAUAAUCGUCGAAAUCGUUUAGGCGAUGACCAAAUAUUGUUGUGGGAUUUCAUGCAUGAGCGGGAUCAAUGGUUUGAUGAUUUAGCCAGUUUUAUUGCAGAAGCCGAAAGUGAAGAAUCAGAAUAUUCCGAACUCGAUCUGUUUGAUAUUGACACGGUAAACUUAGCACUGUUUUCGUAAAAUUAUUUCGUUUGUUUGCAAAGAAAAGAAAAAAACCAUUUUUCUCGAUCUAUUUCGAAUUUCGUCUCCUAUUUUUCUUUCCUAUUUUUUUUUCUGUGUAAGGCGAAUCAAUUGAUUCCAUGAAAUUUGCUAAAUUUUCUCCGUUAUAAUGUCAAACUUACUGAAUUCAAAAUUUAAAAAUUAUUUUUCUGUUCGUAACAAAUGAUGAAAAUUCGUAAAUUUUUCGCUGUUGAUUGUGUCCAUAGUGCCCCCACCCUAUUAUUAUUGUAUUAACUAAAAAAAGAACAACACAAAAAUGCAUUUAUUAUUCUCGAAAACAACAAACAAAAACAAACAGUUGCGUAAAAACAUAAUUAGUCUAAUUAGUUAAUUUGUUAAGUGUAAUAGAAAAUUUUCGUUCACAAUCUCUGAAAAAACAACAAAAAAUGAAUAAGAUGAUGAAGCGUAACCACAUAUAUAUUUACUAUUAAAAUAUUCAAUGAAAUUGAAUUGUUAAUCAAAACCUCUCAAAUUAUUAAAAAAAAGAAGAAAUUUGUUUUUUCCCAAUUAGAUGAAAUCGUAUUUAAACAAACAAAACAAAAAAAAUGAAGAAAAAAAAAUCAAAUAUUGUUCAUAUAAAUGUAGGUUGAGAUUGCAGCUAUAAAUUAAGUGAUUGAUUUCAUUUGACAAUAGUUCACAAAUGUAAUAAUAUAAUAUUCUUAAAAAUAAAAAUAUUAUCAAAAA